UAAUAUUUAAACAAAAAAAACCUUAAAUAAACCAGGAUACUCCGGAAGACCCAAUAAUGCAUGACAUGUUUUGAAAGAGGGGUGCAUGCAAUAGUCGGUUGGAGGUUUAUUUGAGGUUCGGGCAUUUCAAUUGUUCAGAUCAGAAUAUAUACAUAUGGGAUGGGGAUGGGGUUGUAUUCGAUGCAAGUUGGUUAAUGUUAAUGGUCUCCAACGUGAUGGCACGUACGCCUGCAGCAGCCACUAACUGUUACGGUGACGCGGAGACGGUUGAUCGAGGUGGCGGUGGCGGCGGGCCCCACUGCGGAGACCGGCCUUACUCAGAUCGAUAUUGGCGCGUGGGCCCCCACCCCCGACUUUUGUAACGGGCGGGGCUCCAUCGACUUGUCAUCUAGUCAUCCCAUCUCAACUAUAAAACAGCCAAACCGCUUCCACCAAUUCUCACCCCCACCAAUUAGCAGAGUACCCUGUUUUUCUUUCACUUCCCCUGUUUUUUCUAAGCGUCUAAGAAUUAUUGGCUCUCCCUAAAGCUAAUGCAUAAAAUGAGUCAGCAGAAUGUUGUUGUCUCCGGCACUGAGUCCGGCGCACAAACCGCCCCCUCCGCCUCCCACUCCACCGUCUCACCAGCCGGUGAAGCUCCCGGCGGAGACAGGAACCUUAACAUUCCUGGAAACCUCGUCCAGAGUAACCUCGAGGGCGCGAAAAUGAAGACCUUGGUUGACUCAAUGAGAGCUUGCUCCCCCACUCGGAAGGGCAAGGGCUCCGGUCCUUCUGAAGAGCAAGUCUCCUGGAAGAUGGAGCAUCCAUCAGCUCUGGACAUGUUCGAGAAGAUCAUCAAAGCUUCAAAAGGAAAGAAAAUUGUGAUGUUCCUGGACUACGACGGCACCCUCUCCCCCAUCGUCGACGACCCCGAUCGGGCCUUCAUGUCCACCGCCAUGAGGGCAACAGUGAGGAAACUAGCCAGAUAUUUCCCAACUGCCAUAGUGAGUGGAAGGUGCAGAGACAAGGUCUAUAACUUCGUACGAUUAGCGGAGUUGUACUACGCCGGGAGUCAUGGGAUGGACAUAAAAGGGCCUUCCAAAGGUUCCAAUUUCACGAAAGGAGCUCAUCAGGGCGUUCUUUUCCAACCGGCUAGUGAAUUUCUACCGAUGAUUGACGAGGUGUAUAAGGCUCUCUUGGAAAAAAUAAGAUCAGUUCCGGGUGCUACCGUGGAGAACAACAAAUUUUGCGUCUCUGUGCAUUUCCGCUGCGUGGAAGAAAAGAAAUGGGGCGAGUUAGCAAAACAGGUUGGAUCGGUUCUUCAACAAUACCCAAAGCUUCGGUUAUCCCAAGGAAGAAAGGUGCUCGAGAUCCGACCAAUCAUCAAAUGGGACAAAGGCAGAGCUCUCGAGUUCUUGCUUGAAUCUCUUGGAUAUGCCAACUCCACUGACGCCUUCCCUAUUUAUAUUGGGGAUGAUAGAACCGACGAAGACGCCUUCAAGGUGUUAAGAGAAAGAGGACAGGGUUUUGGAAUUCUUGUUUCUAAAACCCCAAAAGACACCCAUGCGUCUUACUCCUUGCAAGAACCGUCCGAGGUUAUGGCAUUUUUGCGUCGUUUGGUGGAGUUGAGGAAGAUGGGAUUAAGAAGGCAGUGUAGGUUGAGAAGAGAAACUGGGCAGGGGGAGCACUCUGCACAGAAGUGAUGGGUUAUAAUCAAGCUCUAUUUCAUGUAGAAAUAUAUAUUGAUGAACAUAAGAUGAAUAUAGUACCUAUGUAUAUGUAGGUUUGUGUGUGAAAGUAUUUCCUUUGUUUAAUAUUUAACUAGAAUAACAAAGUGUGGAAUUAGGGGAGGGAAAAAGAACUACCGUUGUUUUCCAUUGUUCUUUUUUCCCCUUGGCUUAACUUGAUAUGCCUUGUACAUCCUCGCGGUAACCUGCUCUGCAUAAGGGGGCAAUUUGUAAUUCUACAUCUUCUAUAUAUGCAUAUUUACUCCUCUCAUUGUCAUGUUAAGAUUGUUUGAUAUUUUCUUUUCCUUCUGUUUGAUUAAUAUUGUGUCAUAUCAAAUUUG